AUGUUGGCCGACUCACCAACACUGCACCGCGCGUGGUGAAUUCAAGUGACACGUCAAACAGCCGGAGCGACAAAAAAGUGUAAAGUUGGUUUAUAAUUGGGAAAUUGUAGAGGCAACGAGGAGGGGAACCGCGUCAGAGAAUACCGCCACACCUACACCCACAGUCUGCAGCCAGAGCAGUCGCCAUAGCAGUCACUAAUCCGCCAGAGAACGCCAGAGAAUCGGCCAGGAAUCGGCAAGAUGACGUCGCAAGUGCCGUGUUACACGAUUAUAAACUCCCCGGACCUGGACGUCCCCAAUGAGAUGCAACUGAAGCAGGACCUGGAGAAGGGCGACACCAACGUCAAGAUCGAGACACUGAAGAAGGUGAUCAAGUUGCUCCUCAAUGGCGAACGGUAUCCGGGCCUGAUCAUGACCAUCAUCCGGUUCGUACUGCCCGUCCAGAAUCAUACGAUCAAGAAGCUGCUCCUCAUCUUCUGGGAGAUUGUGCCGAAGACCUCGGCGGAUGGCAAGCUACUCCAGGAGAUGAUCCUCGUUUGCGAUGCCUACCGGAAGGAUCUCCAGCAUCCGAAUGAGUUUCUGCGCGGCUCCACUUUACGGUUCCUCUGCAAGCUGAAGGAGCCGGAGCUCUUGGAGCCCCUGAUGCCCGCCAUCCGGGCGUGUCUCGAUCAUCGCCACUCGUAUGUCCGCCGGAACGCCGUCCUGGCCAUAUUCACGAUCUACAAGAACUUCGACUGGCUGGUGCCGGACGGACCGGAGCUGAUUGCCAACUUCCUGGACACCCAGCAGGACAUGAGCUGCAAAAGGAAUGCGUUUUUGAUGCUCCUCCAUGCGGAUCAGGAGCGGGCCCUCAACUACCUGGCGUCGUGCAUCGACCAGGUGCACACCUUCGGCGACAUCCUCCAGCUGGUCAUCGUCGAGCUGAUCUACAAAGUGUGCCACGCCAAUCCCGCCGAGCGGUCGCGCUUCAUCCGCUGCAUCUACAACCUCCUGAACUCCAGCUCCAACGCCGUCCGGUACGAGUCGGCUGGAACUCUCAUCACCCUCUCCCUGGCGCCCACGGCCAUCAAGGCGGCCGCCAGCUGCUACAUCGAACUGGUGGUCAAGGAGAGCGACAACAACGUGAAACUGAUCGUCCUGGACCGGCUGGUGGCCAUGAAGGAGCACGAGGGCAUGGAGAAGGUCAUGCAGGACCUGGUCAUGGACGUUCUCCGCGUCCUGGCCGCUCCCGACAUCGAGGUACGUCGCAAGACCCUCGCCCUGGCCCUGGAUCUGGUCUACUCCCGGAACAUUGGCGAGAUGGUGCUGGUCCUCAAGAAGGAGGUGGCCAAGACCCAUAACGUGGAGCACGAGGAUACUGGGAAGUACCGCCAGCUGCUGGUCCGCACCCUUCACACCUGUUCCAUCAAGUUCCCCGACGUGGCCGCCAAUGUCAUCCCAGUCCUGGUGGACUUCUUGUCCGACACGAAUGAGCUAGCCGCCGCUGAUGUUCUGGUCUUCAUCCGGGAGGCCAUCCAAAAGUUCCCCGCCCUCCGGGCCCUCAUCAUCGAGCACCUGAUCGAGGCCUUCCCUCAGAUCAAGUCCUCGAAGAUCCAUCGGGCCGCCGUCUGGAUCCUGGGCGAGUAUGUGGAGGGACCGCAGAUCCUCGAGGUGAUUGCCGUCAUCCAGCAGACGCUGGGCGAGGUGCCCAUGGUGGAGGCGGAGCAGCGUCGCCUCGCAGGGGAUCAGACGGAGGAGCAGCAGCAGCAGCAGCAGUCCCAGGGAGCCAGCGAGGGAGGAGCCACAGGAUCUGGAUCUGGCAGUGCCAGCACCAAGGUCACAUCCGAUGGCACCUAUGCCACCCAGAGCGCCUACAGCUUGGCACCAGUGGCCAAGGCCGAGAAGCGUCCGCCACUGCGUCAGUACCUGAUGGACGGGGACUUCUUCAUUGGCGCCGCCUUGUCCGUCACCCUGACCAAGCUGGCCCUCCGCUACGCCGAGCUGGAGGCGGAGGCACGCGCCCAGAACCGUCUCACCACCCAGGUGAUGCUCAUCAUGAGCUCCAUCCUGCAUUUGGGCAAGUCCGGCUUCCCCGCCAAGCCGAUCACCAACGACGACACCGAUCGCAUCUUCGUCUGCCUCCGGACUCUGAGCGAGAGGACACCGGAGGCGGUGUCCGUCUUUACGCUGUUCUGUCGGGAAGCUCUCGGCAAGAUGCUGGACGCCCAGGCCGAUGAGGAUCAGCGGGUGUUGAAGGAGAAGCAGAGGGCCGCCGCCAAGGUCCAGCCGGAUGAUCCGGUGUCCUUCGGUCAGUUGUCCAACGGCCGGGAUAAUCAGCUGGGCGAGAAUGUGUUCGAGUCGAGUCUGAACCAGGCCCUGGCCGGGACCAAGAAUGCCCAGAUGAGCGACAUCUCCUCGCCGAAUAACAAGCUCAACAAGGUCACCCAGCUGACGGGCUUCUCCGAUCCGGUCUAUGCCGAGGCCUACGUGAAUGUGAAUCAGUAUGACAUCGUCCUGGACGUCCUCAUCGUGAAUCAGACCAAUGACACUCUGCAGAACUGCACCCUGGAACUGGCCACCUUGGGUGAUCUGAAGCUGGUGGAGCGUCCGCAUCCGGUGGUCCUUGCCCCCCACGACUUCUGCAACAUCAAGGCCAAUGUGAAGGUCUCCUCGACAGAGAAUGGCAUCAUCUUUGGCAACAUAGUUUACGACACCGCCUUAAACACCAAUGUCGUGGUCCUGAACACCAUCCACAUCGACAUCAUGGACUAUAUCAUUCCGGCCAGUUGCACGGACACCGAAUUCCGGCAGAUGUGGCAGGACUUCGAGUGGGAGAACAAGGUGACCGUCAACACCAGCUUCACCGACCUGCACGAGUAUCUCAGGCACCUCCUGAAGAGCACCAACAUGAAGUGCCUUACGCCGGAGAAGGCGCUCUCCGGCCAGUGCGGUUUCAUGGCCGCCAAUAUGUAUGCCAAGUCCAUUUUCGGGGAGAAUGCCUUGGCCAAUCUGAGCAUCGAGAAGCCCGUAGAUGAUCCCGAUUCCAAGGUCACAGGACACAUCCGCAUUCGAGCCAAGAGUCAGGGCAUGGCCUUGAGUCUGGGCGAUAAGAUCAGUUCUUCGCAGAAGCAAUCGGUGCAGGCGGCCUAGUGGAUGUGGAACUCGAACGGGAAUGGGAAUGGGAAUGGGAUUAUGAUCUGGCCGUGGACGACCAGUCAUCACCAGGAGAGACGCAUCUAGACCGCAUUCCGCAUCAGAAAUUCUUCAAUUUAAACUCUAAACGUUACAACUUAUGCCUAAAAAUAAAAAAGAAAGAAAGAAAACAGAAAAAUAUAUAUAUAUUAUACCUUAACCUCAAAAUAA